GCUCAGACAACUUAGUCCUGUAUAACGCGUGGAACUUCGCAGGAUUGCUGUGAGGAUCGGGCGAGACUUCCCUGAGGCCAGGGCCCGGGUGGGGGCCCGGGCCGCCCAUGGCCUCAUCAAUGCGGGGCAAGCGUAUUUAAGGCAGCGCUGGUUGACCGAACAGCAGCACGGAUACAAAUACAUACAUUUGGGCUGAUACGCUUUAACAAUAGACGACACCCCCACCAACUGCUGCGCUUGCGCGGCAAGGGGCCCCAGACGGGGCCCCCGCGCUGCUCGCCAACACGCUAGCGGCACGCACCACCUGAUACACAAGAAUGUCGCUCACCCCAGAGCUCAUCACGCAGUUUGGGCUUCUCGGCAAGGUGCGCACCGGGCAUCCAGUCCUGGACGCCGUGCUGUGCAUGCUGCUGCCGCUGUUGCUGCGCUGGGCGCAGCCCCGGCUGAACCGCUGGGCGCUGCUGGCGGCGGCAGCGUUGCGGCGGUGGUGGUCGGGAGAGGCGGGGUGCAAGGAGGUGGUGCGCGUCAUCGAGCACGUGGCGGCGGAGGACGGAUACUACUACGACCCCGACGGCCAGCCCGCGAACGCCAUCCUGCAGCGAGCACUGUUGGCCUACGUCAACAAUUGCGCCGGAGCACCCGCUGCCACAGCCUCUGCCUGCAUCUCUGCCAUCACCCCCACCGCCAUCCGCGCCGCCGCUCCCGCGACUGCCCAGUCCCCCGCGAAGCUCCUUAGAGACAUGACUACGGCGUACCUUUCCCUGGAGAAGCGGCGCCGGCGGCUCGCAGCAGCUGGCGGUGAUGCUGAUUCAGACUCGGGCGAUGAGGAUUCGGCGGCAGGCAGCAGUAGCAAAAGCAGCGACUGCGGUAGCUCAGUGGGCGCGGCCAAGCAGCGUGAGGCGGCGGCCUACGGGCUGAACCUGGCGCCGCCGGUGCGGGUGUGGCAGGAGCUGGGCAAUGGAGUCGAGUUUAUGCGCUACACGUACACGCACGACAGCAGCACCGAGAAGCGCCGCCGCAUCGCCUCCGUCAUCAAGCUGCGCAGCCGCGCACCCGACGGCGCCCGCCGUGUGUCUGACCUCAUCACCGCGGCCCUGCAGGACCACCGUGAGCAGAAGGCCGCGCGCCCCGCCGACCGCCACCGCUACCUCUACGUCCCCACCUGCCUCAACCCGCCCGCCCCGGCCUCCAGCCCCGCGGCCGGCGAGCCCGGCUCCGGCGGCGACGGCCGCGCUGGCAGCGGUGCCGGCGCCAAGUCCGCGCCCACCGUCGCCGCCGUGUUCAAGCGCUACCGGCUCAGCGGCGAGAAGACCUUUGCCUCCUUCUUCCACCCGGCCAAGUCCGAGGUGCUGCGGCUUGUGGGUCAGUUCGAGGGGCGGCAGGGGCGCUUCUCGGUGCCCGGCUACCCACACAAGCUGGGACUGCUGCUGUACGGCCCGCCCGGUACAGGUGCGUGUGGGGUUGGAGGGGUGCGUGGGGUUCUGGGUGCGGGCGGGUCAUUGGGUUAUCCAAGGACGAAGCAGGCUGUGCCGGUGCCUGCGGGGGAAGCGGCACUCGCAUGCGUGACUGCGGACCGCCUGUGUCUCGACGUCUCGUGCGAGGUGUGGAGGCUGCGUGGCAGCGUGGAAAGAGGCGCGGUCUCGUUGCUUGGAGGGCGUUUUCAACAGCCUUGGAGUUGCCGCAUUGUGACAUCCUGGCGGCCUGUGGAUGUGCGGGUCUUGGCAUGGAUGCCGGCCGGUUCUAUUUGCGGCUCCUGCAGCGCCACGCCUCGCUCCUGCCCUGACCCCUCCCUCUGCGCCCUCCCUCCCUCCCUCCCGCCUGCAGGCAAGACCAGCCUCAUCAAGGCUCUGGCGCAGCUCACGGGUCGCUCCGUGGUGUCGGUGCCGCUGGCGCGCAUUGCCACCAACCAACAGCUCAUGGACAUCAUGUUCGACACGCGUGUGCUCCUGCAGCGCCGCCACAACUCGGGUGGCAGCGGCGGCGGCAGCAAGCGGAGCGGCGGAAGCCGUGGCGAUGACGACGACGACGACGAUGAGGAUGACGAUGACGAGGCAGGCACCGCCAUCACACUGCCUUUCAGCAAGGUCAUUUACGUGCUGGAGGACGUGGACGCAGCCGGCGGAGUGGUCACGCGCCGCACUCCGCCGCCGUCGCCACCCCAGGCGGUCGCGCCGACCGCAGCUGCCAUCGCUGCCACUGCUGCAGCUGCUCACAGCCGCGGCAGCGACGGCGGCUGCGGCAGCAGCGCCAUCAGCAGUGUGGACGCAGACGACCUGGCGGCAAGCGACCUGUCGCGCCGCCGCCGCUGCGCCUCUCCAGCCAACAAGCCUGGGCCCCCGCCCGCGUCCGCCGCGCCCCCCACCAUCGCCUGGCCUGCUCCUUACCCCGCUGCAGCCCCCAACAACGACUUCGGCCCCAUGUGUGAGGCUGAGGCAGUGGCCCUGGCUGCCGCGCUGGCGGAGUCUAUGGCUGGCUCCCCCAACGCCGCCGCCACCGCCACCGCUAACCAUGCCGCUACAGACUACGCCGCCGGCUACUCCAUGUAUUCCAGCCACCGGUGGCCCUGCAAGGACGCGCUGAACCUCGCCGGCAUCCUGAACGUUCUGGAUGGCGUGGUUGACACGCCCGGCCGCAUCGUUAUCCUCACCACCAACUGCCCGGACAGCCUGGACCCGGCGCUGAUCCGGCCCGGCCGCAUCAACAAGGUCCUGCACCUGGGUCGGCUGCGGCUGGCGGAGGCGACUGCGAUGAUGCGCCACUACUGCUUCCCGGCUGGAGGUGGGGCCGGUGGGGAGAAGGAGGGGCAGGGGGAGGCGGAGGAGGCUGGGCGGCGGGCGGCAGAGGUGUCGGAGGCGGAGGCCGCGCUGGCGGCGGUGUGGGAGGAUGACGUGCUGAGCCCGGCGCAGCUGGAGGCGAUGUGUGGCGAGGCUGACACGUGGCAGGAGCUGGUGGCGGCGGUGGCGGCAGAGAUUGGGGCGGCGAGCGAGGGUGUCAGCGGUGGCAUGGCGGCACGCUGGGACCGAUUUGAGCGGUGUUGAGAGUGGAGAGGACCAGCAGAGUGUGGGUGAAGGCGGGGGGCCCGGACACCUUUAAUGCAAGACGUGCUUUCAUUCAUUCAUUCAUUCAUGGCAAGGUAUAGGACAGGCCAUCGCCGUUGGUCCUGAGAAGGGGGUGCUGGCGGGGGACUGCUAUGAGGAUGCCGGGGGGCCGGGAGCUGGAGGGUUGAGCACACGCAGGAACCGUGGUUCGCAAGGCGCAAGGUCGCUUGCGCCUGAAUGCAAGGAGUAUGCUCUAUGCAGUAUUUUAAUUGAGACGUGCAAGCCGAGAGUCGAACGCCGAGCGCUGAGAUUUGCUUGCAGCAGAAUGGUGUAACGUUCGCGUUGGACACAUGCAAGCAAUAAUCCAUUCAUACAAACAUCUCCUAGCUCGUCAAGCAUGUUUCGUGCAAACAGUUGAAG